UUAUUCUAAAGUUACAAUGGUUACAAUUAGUUUCUGAUUGUAGACACGUAGAGAAUACACAACUCAGUAUGCACUACGAUUUUGUUCAAAUGCAAGUUCUGCUUCUUUUUUCCCACGACUGAAGUCGGUUGAUGGAGAAUCGUGAAUAUAUUUUGUGUUACCAGUAGCGGAUUUCACAAGAUACGAGUUCUAUCUUGAGAGAAAUCAUCUUCAAUGACUAUAUAGUCCAUAAUCUUAAAAUGGAAGGGCAAUUGGAAAGGAAAGAUGCAAGUUCUGUUCCAAAAGAACCAAUAAAAUUGGAAAUUGUUGCUUCAAAUCCUGAGACAGGUGAACGUGAAGAUGGAGCACCAUCUCCACCUCCUAACUGCAGUAUAUGCCUUGGAAAACUUGUUAAUACAUCGUUCACUGAUAGCUGCUUACAUCAGUUUUGCUUUAACUGCCUAUUACGAUGGUCCAAAAUUAAAACAGAGUGUCCUCUCUGCAAACAAACUUUCAAAUCAAUUAUACAUAAUGUGCGGUCAGAAGAGGACUAUGACCAAUAUCAUGUGCCACGAGAAUUAGCAUCUCAAAUACCACCACCACAAACUCCUCCACCACCAGAUGUCAAUUUUGGUGUAAUCAGGGCAAAUUUAGCUGCAGGCAUUCGCCCAUUUGUCUACAGAACCACCAUGACAUCCAAUCGACGUUAUGGGAUGUUUCUAAACCCUGAACAAGUAGCAAGACGUGAACAAAUUCCAAGUGUAGUUCCACCUAUUUCAAGCAGUGAACACAGGAGGAGGCGUGCUAAUCCGACUGCUUUCCGCCGCAACAUAUAUAGGCAAGGAAUAUGGGCUACACCGUUUCCAGAUAUUUUUGGUCGCUUCCAACAAAACAGUGCUGAUUAUUAUCGGAGACAACCAGCAGAUUUGCUUCGAUUAAUGCCGUGGAUAAACCGAGAAUUACAAGUAUUGUUAAAUCACAGUGAACAUCAUAUUGCAUAUGUCAUGCAAAUCAUUAUGGACGCUCUCAGCCGAUAUGACAUAAGAAGUCCUGAAUUUCGUGAUAUUAUUCGACCAUAUUUCAAUCUAUAUACAGAGCAUUUUGUGCACGAGCUCCUUAAUUAUGCUCGAACCAAUUACGAUGUGGUCGGCUAUGAUCAAUACGUCACAUACAUUCCUAACCAUGGAUUAUCAAAUUCAUACGUUCGACGUAUAUCAUCCCCAUCUUCCAGUAGCAGUGACGCAACUUCCGAUGAUUCAGACGUUAGAGUUCUUGAUGAAACUAUUGAAAUGGAUCGAUUGAAUUACGAAUUACCUAGUACUGGCCCACAUACUGUGGAUAUGCCUGGUCCUAGCAACGUGCGCCAAGCAUUUUCGUUUGAAAUACCUACCGGUAUUCCAGACGUGUUAACAAUUUCAUCCAAUUCCUCUGGAUCAUCUGAUGAGUGUGAGAUUGUUGGAUACGUGAAACCUCGUCACGAGAGGACGCCUGAAAUCAUAGAACUUGUUUCUUCUGGAGCUGAAGAUCAUAUUAAUCCAUCUGCUUCUCAGGAAACCACAAUAUGUGAGAAUUCUGAUGUCGCUAAUUCUUGUCAGCAGUCGAUCAAAUCAAGAAGUCCUUCGUUACUGGAUCAAGAUGUGCAACCCAGUACUUCAUAUAAUAGGAAAAGACACACAACUAAGAACAUUAAUAAUAGAUAUUCAAGAAUUGGAAUCGCUGAUACCUCAUCUACCGCCACUGAGGAUAGUAAUAUGAAUUCGGAUAGUGAUUACAAUUACCAGAAAAAAACAAGAUCUAAGAAAUCAAAUAAUUCUUCAAAGAUAAUGACACGUAGCUCCCGAAGCUUCAGAAGUAACCAAACUAGAGAAGCAAAAAGUCGUAAAAAAUCCCGUCAAUUUUUAUCCAGUGAAAGUGAAUCCGAGGAUAGAAGUCGUCAGGGUGCCGAAAAUGCAAAACGAUCGCAGCGGAAUGUCCCGAAAAAGUAUGUGUUCAGUUCACGUGAGUCAAGUUUUGAGAAAAAUGAUAAAAGGAUCCGUAGUAAUGAAAAGUCGACCGCAAAAACUUGCAAGAGCUCAAUAGAUAGAAGAGAGAAGUACAAGAAGAAGCAACAUAGCAGCAGCAAUAGCAGUAGCAGCAGCAGCAGCGAGAGGAGCCAGAACAGCAGUAGCACCAGCAGCGAAUCCGAGCGAAACACAAGAAGAAAUGGAAAAUCAUACGUACAAUGUGAAGAACGAAAAGAAUAUUCCUCCUGGACGAGCGAUUCUAGUUAUGACGAGAGAAUCUCAAAACGAUCAAGAAAUAAAAAAAAAUUAAAUGUUCGAAAAAGUCAAGUAAGCGACACGUUCACUACAUAUACAGAAUUAAACAAGAAAGACCAGAGAUAUCUGAAUAUUGCAACGAGAGGUAGAAAUACAAGCGAAUCACGCUGUGAGUUACCGAAAACGGUAGAAUCUAAUUCAAGAUGGAGCCCAGCACCAAAUGAAAACAAUAGUGCAUCGUAUGAUAGUGCAGAGUAUAGUGAUAGUGUAACCAGAGAUGUAUAUGCAUCAGUUACAAAUGAGGAGAAACGAAUGUUUUCAAGAACUCGAAGCUCUAGCUGUUCGGAUUUUGAACAAAGCAUAAAUGCAAGAUCCAGCAGUCAAUGCAGUACCCGUUCUGAUAAGACGCAUAGUAACAAAAGAAAGUCAAAACAUAAGGAUAAGCACCGAGAUAAAAAGAACAAACCCCCAACUAGCAAAUCAACUAACUCGUUAGAUUCGUCUUCAACCUCAAUGAGUCUACCUUCAACAUCAACAGCGUCUUCAUACAAUGUACCUUCCCUAGUGAAACAUUCCGAUUCUAAGAAACGCUCAAAUUCUAAGGAGAAACAUAAAUCGCAUAAGAAGCGCAAGGAAUCGAAACGUAGAAGGUCAAGGAGCGAAACCAAAUCUAAAUCCAAAAGGAAAAGACGGCGCAUCAGGUCGUCGUCGUCGUCUAAUUCCAAUAGAAACUAAUGUACUGAGUUCAACAUACAAAUUAGCCAGGAAUUUAUUAUCCUUUAUGUAUAAAAAAUCUAUAUUAUAUUGAAUCUUUACAUUUAAUUGAUAUCGGAAUGCAGUCAGCUACGCUGGAUAAUAUAUGUCAUAGAUGAUCAUGAUGAUAUGCGAUUAAAGAUAUUGAUUUGUAGAAAAUAUUGGUGUCCUAUCUUGAUCCGAAGUUUGUGAAUUAUUUUACAUCAUAUUUUUUUAUUUCUUUACAGAACUAGUGUAUUUACCAAUCGAAAAAUGUUGUGUAUGUCAAGAAUUUAGUGGAGCACUUUAUUCACGGCUAAUUGUGUCAUAGCUACGUUAAGCUAAUAAGUCGCGUGAAUGACUUAUGCUGAAAAAUAGUUUAGAUUGCGUCAAGCGUGAUUAUACAAUUUAGCAUUGGCCAUUGACAAGUUUGUCUUUCUGGACCCGUAUUCUCGAAUUUGCCUUAAGGAUUCUCGCAUGCGUUUUCCAUUUGAAAGGUAUUUGACCGGUUGUAUAUAAGAUCAAUGACAACGGUUCAAGAAUAUAGACCCCAGUAUUACGUAUAGAAAAAAUAAUAACACUACAUGACCCCACGUACUUAAAAUCCUUAAUGCCCAACCAUUCCGACGAAUAUUGAACUGGCUGUACAUACUUGUAUUAUAUAAUUUUAUAAAUGACCUAGGCAAACUGGUACCACUUGCAAAAAUACUGAUAUACAGCUUGUUUGAUAUAUACUGAUAUCACACCAUUUUUGAAGUCUUUUAUCCUGGAUCUGAUAUGCGCAAGAUAUAUUUAGGUUUUAUUCUUCAUUUAUAUUAGAUUAUACGGUAUAUCCAACGGUAACAAUGUUGCUUUAUUUAUUCACGUUUACGUAGCACUGAAUAUUAUUAUCUAUAAAUACUAUUAAUACCAUCACGUUGCUUUAAUACGCGUGAAUGUUUUGGAGGAACAAAUUUAUUUACGCACGACUUCCAUCGAUAACAAAUAAAAUUUAUUCUAAUUAAA